AAAAAAAUUGUUGGAAUCGAUCGAAAAGUGUCCGAGAUAUGAUCAUGUCAAAAAAUCUUACGAAAAACACGAAAUUUUUGAAAUGGUUUGUUUGUGUGUCCGCAAAUUUUUUUCCGUAGUUUUUGACAAAUCGCCGGAGACCGAUUUUAUUCGAAAGUAGAUGGAAAACUGAGCAUACAUGUCUCUUCGAAUUUUUGGAUUUCGUCGCGCAAGUGCCUGGGGUCUAGGUUCGAAAAAAAGUGGAAUGCACUUCGAAUGGCCUACUUUCUGUGCAUAUGAAAGUCUACGAUCCAGAACUUAGAAAACUCCGGAUAGCGUUGUAUAUACAUGUACGCCAAGAACAAUUCGACUAUACACGAAGAAACUGUGCAACUAGCAAAACUGAUUUGAACAUUUGAAACGAAUAGAAUGAUGAAACGUUUACAAUAAGACACAUACGUAUGUGUUUGGUGUUCGAAAAUGAAUUGUCAAGAUUUCAUCUAAAUAAAACGAAGCUGUCACUGAACAAUAAAUUAUAGGUUAAAGUUAGUUGUUUGAAAAUGUGAAAAGAAUUUCAUAUCUGCAGUAUUGAUUGCUUAUUAGACAUGUAAAUUCAAUAUAGAAAUAAAAAAAAUCAUUAUUUGUUUUCAUUAUGAACAAUGAUUCAAAAAAAUCACUUCAACAUCAUCAGUUGUAUGAUUCUACUACAAAAUUGCAACGAUCUCAGCAUGAAACACCUGAUAGUGAAUCCAGUAAUUUCGAGUGUUAUCAAAAUUUUACGGCUCCGGAGGUGUUCGUACAACAUAUCGCUGGUAUUGUAAAUCAAGGAGAUGUCGAACUCAUUGUUCGCGCUCAGAAACAAAUGUUACAGCGAUUCGAAAAGACAAAUGAAAUGCUUCUAAACUGUAAUGCUUUGAGUAAUGGUCGCCUGAAGGCCACUAAUGAUGAUUUUAAAAAGCACAUCAAACUGAUAAACGAUAUGAAAAAAGAUUUGGAGUAUAUUUUUAAGAAAAUUCGAAGUAUUAAAAUUAAAAUUGGCAUUCUUUAUCCACAAGCGAAAAAAAAAGCUGAGAAAAAACUAAAAAAUUGCAGUUUAUCGGAAGAAAGCUCACCAAAUGGAAAUGAAUCAGAGUCUGGCGCCGAUUUCAAAUUGGAUGAUGAAAAAGGCACAGAAAAUAUAAAAAGUGGAAAGCUUGUCGAACGAAAACUAUCCGAAGAAUGUGUUACUAUAAAUUAUGUACAAAUGGAAGCAGGCACCGAUAUUGGUGUAUGCCUGAAUUCGGAUGGAAAAGUCGAAGGUAAUGAUUCAAGUGAUAAUGACUCUUCAGACUGUAAUUCUGACACUUUAUAAUAUAUUUACUAAACAAUUUGUACAAGUUGUUUAUUUAAAAUGUCUUUAAAAAGCUCUUUACCAAAUAAUUUUCUUAAAAAAAAAAUCAAUUCCAAAUAAAAGUAUAUUUCUUCAUUUUUCUCUA